AUGGUCAACUACUACGAGGUGCUGGGCGUGCAGUCCACUGCCUCCCCUGAGGACAUCAAGAAGGCCUACCGCAAGCUGGCCUUGCGCUGGCACCCCGACAAGAACCCUGAUAACAAGGAGGAGGCCGAGAAGAAAUUCAAGCAGGUGUCCGAGGCCUACGAGGUCCUGUCAGACGCUAAGAAGCGCUCCAUGUAUGACCGUGCGGGCUGCGAUGGCUGGCGGGCAGGUGGCGGGGCCAGCACCCCCUACAGCAGCCCCUUCGGCAAUGGCUAUACCUUCCGCAACCCCGAGGACAUUUUCCGCGAGUUUUUUGGUGGCCUCGACCCCUUCUCCUUUGACUUCUGGGACACCCCGUUCAAUAGCGACCGUGGCAGCCGGGGCCACGGCCCGCGAGGGGCCUUUAUGGCGGGUUUUGGUGAGUUCCCGGCCUUCAUGGAAGCCUUCUCGUCCUUUGACGGCCUGGGCCGCAGCAGCGGCAGCCGAACCACCUUCUCGUCCACCUCCUUCGGGGGCUCCAGUGCCGGCAGCUCGGGCUUCAAGUCAGUGAUGUCAUCCACGGAGAUGGUCAACGGACACAAGGUCACCACCAAGCGUAUCGUGGAGAAUGGGCACGAGCGCGUGGAGGUGGAGGAGGACGGGCAGCUCAAGUCGGUGACUGUCAAUGGCAAGGAGCAGCUCAAGUGGGUGGACAGCAAGUGA